AUGCCAUCUUUCGAUGAGGUUUUGAAGGAAGCUGGGGAAUUUGGAAGAUUUCAAAAGAGGGUCUUUUUCCUCCUUUGCCAGACAGGCAUAACAUUUUCUUUCCUGUUUGCUAGUGUGGUUUUCCUUGGGCAGGCACCGGGCGAUUACUGGUGCAGGAUCCCUGGGGCAGCCGAAUUAAGCGAACGAUGUGGCUGGACGCUGGAAGAGGAACGAAACUUCACAAUACUGCCCCUGCGCCUGGGGAACGGGUCCUCCAAAGGAGAGUGCGAGAGGCUGGACGUCGUGUGGGAUGCCUCUGUCAGCUGCGCCAGCCCACUCGCCCACUACGGCAAUCACAGCGUGGGCAACCUGCCGCUCACCACAUGCCACGAUAACUGGGUGUAUGAACAGCCCCACUCAUCCAUCGUCAGCGAGUAUAACCUUGUGUGCGGCAGUGUCUGGAUGUUGGAUCUCUCACAGGCUAUCCUCAACCUGGGGUUUCUGACCGGUGCGUUCACCCUGGGCUACGCUGCAGACAGAUAUGGCAGAAUCCUCAUCUACCUGCUCUCCUGUCUCGGGGUUGGGAUAUGUGGUAUCAUAGUGGCAUUCGCACCAAACUUUACUGUAUUUUUGAUCUUCCGUUUUCUCCAAGGCGUAUUUGGCAAGGGAACCUGGAUGACAUGCUACGUGAUUGUGACGGAGAUUGUUGGUUCUGACCAGCGGAUCGUUGGGAUCGUGAUUCAGAUAUUCUUCACCCUGGGAAUUAUGAUCCUCCCUGGAAUUGCGUACUUGGUUCCCACCUGGCAGGGGAUCCAGCUGGCCAUUUCACUGCCCAACUUCCUCUUCCUGCUGUACUACUGGGUGGUUCCUGAAUCUCCACGUUGGCUCCUGACACGCAAAAAGGGAGAGAAGGCAUUAAAAAUCAUGCACAACAUUGCAAAACACAAUGGGAAAUACCUCUCACCACAUUACUCAGAGAUCACUAUUAGCAAUGAGGAGGUCAGCAACCCCUCCUUUCUCGACCUGGUGAGGACUCCCCAGAUGAGGAGGAACACGCUCAUCCUGAUGUAUGCCUGGUUCACAAGUGCCCUGGUCUACCAAGGGCUUAUCAUGCGCCUCGGAAUUGUUGCAGGAAACCUCUACCUAGAAUUCUUCAUCUCAGGAGCUGUGGAGCUGCCUGCUGCUCUCCUAAUUUUAGUGACAAUUGAUCGCAUUGGCCGGCGCCUUCCCUUUGGAAUAAGCAACAUUGUGGCAGGAAUUGCAUGCCUCAUUACUGCCUUCUUGCCGGAAGAUAUCCCAUGGCUCAAAACUACAGUUGCCACACUGGGAAGACUGGCCAUCACGAUGGCUUUUGAAAUCGUCUAUCUUGUGAACACUGAACUGUACCCUACGACGUUGAGAAACUUUGGUGUUUCCCUGUGCUCGAGUUUGUGUGACUUCGGUGGGAUCAUAGCCCCAUUCCUUCUUUACCGAUUAGCAUCCAUUUGGUUGGAGCUACCUCUAAUUAUUUUCAGUAUUCUCGCAGUUGUCUGCGGGGUCCUAGUAUUGCUUUUACCAGAGACAAAGGGGAUCUCCUUACCAGAGACAGUGGAGGACGUGGAGCAGCUUUCAAGUCAUUUUGGUAAAUGUGUCAAGAAAUGGAAACACCGGGACACCAACUCUUAUAUUUGA